UCGACUCGUUUUCGUUUGUUUGGCGCUGUGGUCGCAGCACCCCUAGCUUUCGCUUGCUUGAUUUUUUCAUUUCCAGUUCCAGUUCUCGUCAGACCCUCGAGUUGUUAGUUCUGUUCUGUUUAGUUGAGUGUUGGUGUGUGCAAGCUCUCUUUAAAAUGUUCGUGUAUUAAUUUUUUCGUGAUUAUUUUCUCUACCGAAAUGAAUGUUUCCCCGCUGUAAGGAUUAGUAACAAUGCAGGAAUUAAAUUUUACUUCAACGAGCGCGAUGCCCGACGAUGGCGUCCCGGACAUGACACGGCUGACAAUCCUCGACGAAGAAGUGAUAAACAAGAACCUGAAAGUGCGCUACGAAAAAGACCGCAUUUACACAUACACCGGCUCAAUCCUCGUCGCAGUCAACCCUUACAAGGACAUUGACAUCUACUCUCAACACUACGUGAGCAAAUACCAGGGGAAAAAAUUAGGGGCACACGAGCCACAUGUUUUCGCACUGGCGGAAGCAGCUUACGCCUCUCUUCAAGCAGAUCCGAGCGGAAAAGGUCACACGAACCAAAGCUUGGUCAUAAGUGGAGAAAGCGGUGCUGGAAAAACGGAAAACACCCGCUUUAUCCUCCAAUAUUUAUGUUCAGUCACUAGUGGAGUUUCGACAUGGGUUGAGCAACAGAUCCUCGAAGCUAACACCAUAUUGGAAGCUUUCGGCAACGCGAAAACAGUCAGAAAUGAUAACUCGAGCCGGUUCGGGAAGUUCAUGCAAGUCUGUUUUGACUCACGAUGGAUGAUCGCGGGCUGUAUCAUCCAGGAUUAUCUCCUAGAACAAUCGAGGCUGACUUUUCAGGGACCCGGCGAGCGCAAUUAUCACGUUUUUUACCAAUUAGUCGAAGGAGCGAAACACAAUAAGGAGCUAGCGACACAAUUGCACCUAAAAGACGCCAGUUUUUACAAUUAUCUGAACCAGUCGAGUUGUGCGAAGCUUGAAGGUGACGAUAGAAGGCUGGAUUCAUUAAGACUGGCUUUUAACGUGCUUCAAGUGCCCACAAACAUGUGCAAUGGCAUUUUCCAAACACUUUCAGCCAUUCUCUGGCUGGGAAACCUCAGUUUCGAGGAUAUCGACGGCGAGCGGUGCCAACUGGCUGAGACAGAUGCGGAAAUUUUAGAAAUAAUCUCUUCUCUCUUAGAAUUGGAGUUAGAGUCUUUGAAACAAGUCGUUCUUUUGAGGCAAAUUAACGUUAGAGGAAAUAUCACCGAAAUUCCACUCAAACUACAGGAAGCAAGAGAGAAUCGACAUGCGAUGGCGAAAGCGCUCUAUUCCCGGACUUUUGCCUGGCUUAUUAACCAUAUCAACAACUGCACGAAUCCGGGACAGGACUCGACGCGGUUUUUGGGCGUCUUGGACAUUUUUGGCUUUGAGAAUUUCGCAGUCAACUCCUUUGAACAACUCUGUAUUAAUUACACCAACGAGAAGUUGCACAAGUUUUUCAACCACUACGUAUUCGCACUGGAGCAGGAAAUCUACGAGCAAGAGGCAAUCCAGUUCAACCACAUCUUCUUCACCGACAACUCCCUGUGUUUGGAGCUGCUGGAGAAGCCGCCCCGUUGUGUCUUGAGGCUGCUGUCCGAGCAGUGCCACUUGCCGCGAGGCUGCGACGCUUCGUACAUUUCGAAUUUGCACGCGGAGUUUGAAAAUCACGAACGAUACGUCAAGGGGGAAGACCGGAGGCGUUGGGAAACCGAAUUUGGGAUAAAACACUACGCCGGCUGUGUCACUUAUUGCGUUAAGGGUUUCGUCGAUAAAAACCGAGACGUGCAACAAGACGUUUUCUUCGAUAUAAUUUCGCGGAGCAAAAACGAAUUUCUCCAAGAUUUAUCCAAGUAUCAAGAUUUAGAAAAUCUCAUGGCUUCGCGUCAGAUCGCGAACGGCGGAACCACCGUGUCAAGGGGGACGAGUAAAGGCAAACCAACUGUUUCUGAUACUUUCCGCCAUCAGUUGCAAGCCCUUGUCGAUGUUUUGCAGUCGACGACGCCGUGGUACGUCCGGUGCAUUAAGCCGAACAGCGAGAAACUCCCGAAUGAUUAUGACAGUAAUCUAGUCUUAGACCAAUUGAAGUAUUUAGGAAUGUUAGAUAUAAUUCGUAUACGAAAAGAAGGCUUCCCGAUCCACAUGAACUUUGACGAUUUCGUCAAUAGGUAUCACUGUCUUUCCAAAAACCGUCUUCCACCUGACAUGAUGAAAGCCUGUCGGGAUUUGCUCGAGAGUUACAAUUUACCAAAGACUGAAUGGCAGUUAGGCAAAACCAAAGUUUUCAUGCGGUCUCACAUACACGAGCCUUUGGAGGAAGCAAGGAACAAAAUUAUUCUCUCGCGCGCUGUCAUCAUCCAGAAAGUUUACCGCAGAUACGUCGCCCGGAAGGAGUUUUUGAAAAUACGCAACGCCGUCUUGCGCAUCCAACACGCUUACAUCGGCUGGAAAUUACGAAUCGAAUUUUUGCGCAAACGACGCGCUGCCAUAAUAAUCCAGAGUCACUUGCGGGGAGUUUUUGCCCGAGAGGUCGCAGCCGCGUUGCGCGAAAUGAGACGAGUGGAAGAAGAAAUGCGAAGAAGGGAGAAGCUGGAAGAGGAACGUAAAGCCCGAGAGGCAGAAGAGGCCCAAAAGCGACUGGCCGAGGAAGAGUUGAGCAAAAAGAACGAAGAUUUGGAAAGGAGCGAAAAGGCCGCCGAACAGGAAAUAGCCGCAUUAUCGCACAUGGCCGAACAGUUGAAACCGCGCCUUACCGAACCUGUGACCGAGUCGGUCGAUCUUGAUAAUCUCUUUGCGUUCUUAUCAGACGUGCAGCCCCAAAAUCGCAACCAAAUCAUUGACGAAAUCGGGGAAAAGAUGGACGAGUUGGUUGAGGAUUUGGAUGUGGAGCUGGAAACUGUGAUCCAGCAGGAAUUGGAAGGGCUGGCUUUGGAGCAACAACAGCCGACUCCCCCAAAACUCGCAAUGCCUACUUUGCCCGAACCGACAGGGCCUCCCCCACCUCCACCUCCCGCGUUCCAGAACCCGCCAGAAUCCCCACAACAGGAGGUGAAGGAGACCAAUAAUGAACCCAUCUAUGAGGCCGUUCUCCCACGGGAGGACACCACGUGUGUGUCACCUCCUCCAUUACCCGCGCCUCCACGGCUGCCUUCAGAAUCCCCCAAAGCUAGUCCGCCGGUCUCAAGACCAAACAGCGCUAUACCCCCAGCUUGGCGAUAUAAUAAUCACGAACAGGAAGCUAAUAACGCAGAAAGGGAACAACGAAGAAAAUGCCGCGUUGAGAAAAAGUUGCAAGAGUUGACUGAAACUAGUGAGAAAGAAAGUUCAGCAGAAGAAACCUAUCAUGAUAUGAUCGAGUUUGCUGAGAGUUAUUUCAAUGCUCAUGAAAGGAGUCCCGAGGGAACCAUUAUAGCGACUUUGACGAGGAAAAGACAGAGUUCGGAAUUGAUCCCGAAGUGUGAGAUGGUGACUUAUUACAAAGGGACGACCAUUCCAAAUUCGCAUAUUCAUAUGUACGAUCCCGACAACAUCAAUAUUGCUUGCAACAUCUUCAGGGACUUGUGCAAGUACAUUCGCGGCGAGAUGAACGCCGAGCGCGAGCUGCUCGUCAUCCAGACCAUAAUCGGGCACGCACUCGAGCGGGAGGAGAUCCGCGACGAGAUCUUCGUGCAGUGCAUCCGCCAAGCCACCAACAACCCCAGUUCCGAAGGCACCGAACGCGUGUGGCUUCUCCUCUGCCUCUGUGUCGUGUCCUUCCAGCCCUCCAAGCUCCUCCACCGCUACUUCGUGUCAUUUCUCAAGAAAAACCUAGCACAAGGGGGUAAAAUCUCGCAGUACGUGCAGUGGUGCAUUGACAACUGCAAUAACACUAAAGUGAAAGUGCGGGAACACCCGCCUUCGUCAGUCGAAGUAGCGGCAAUGAAGCGUCUGGGAACGAUCGUGUGCAGAUUUUUCUUUCUGGAUGGGCGCACGAAGGCGAUUGAUGUCCACCCGACCGACACUGCAGGCGACGCAGCGAGGAAAUUGGCUGAAAGGUUGGGGUUGCGGAAUCUGGACGGCUGGGCGAUUUAUCAGAGUCGGCCUGAUGGGGAGGAACACGUCCGCGCGCAUUAUUAUCUCUACGAUGUGAUAGCGCAAUGGGAAAUGAACCAGAAUAAGUUGGCACCGCCGACCGGACUCGCCACGCUCGGCCGGCGGAGUGGCACCACGCUGAGUGGCGGAGAGAAUAGGUUUAUUUUCAAGAGAAGGCUUUUCAAGUCUAGUCGGGAGCUGAGUCAGGAUCCCGUCGAAGUCAAUCUUUUGUAUGCUCAAGCUGUGCACAGUGUGGUCAAGAGCGAUGAUUUUCCGGUUACGGAGAAAGUGGCCCUGCAGUUGGCGGGCCUGCAGGCCCAAGUGGCGUUGGGCAACCCCAAAGACAAUAACAAGCUCGAAUACUACACCGACAUUGACGUUUAUUUACCAUACCGGAUAAGUCGUACUCGAGGCGACGACGUCUGGGUGCCUAUUAUAGCGCAAGCGCACAAACAAUACGGUGCUAACCGUUCCGAACUAACUGCCAAGGCUCUAUACCUAUCUUGCGUGAUGCAGUACCCCUUAUACGGCACUACUAUGUUUCCGGUGACCUAUCGAGGGUACUGGUCGUACGGAAACUCCCUUAUUUUGGGGGUGAACAGCGAGGGGAUCAUGUUGAUAAAACCCGACGAUAAAUUCGUCCUUAACGAAUACCGCUAUCAGGAAAUCGAGAGUAUUCUCCUAGACCCCAGUGAUAGUUUUAUCACCAUAACGUUACAACGACACCUCAAUGACAAUAACCACAAAUGUUUCGUUUUCGAGACGACGCAAAAGAACGAAAUCGGGUCUCUGAUUGCGAGUUAUUGUCCGAGUUUAGCCGCCUGGCUGACGGAGAACGAAGCUCCUCAGAAGAGGGUUAAGGGGAUUACGAACGAGGACAGAGUGAGGUUGUACCACAAUUUGGUUAAUUGCCGACGAGCGUUGGUCGAUCAUGACAUAUUGAGGAAACCGACUGAUUCCUCAGGAAGCUUUUUACGGAACACGUUGAGGCGGUUGAGUAAACACAAGUUGGAUAAGUUGAGGCAGGAACAUGGAGGCGACACUGGAGAGACUUACAAAGGGUUUCAUUAUACGUUUUGGGCGUUCAGUCGCCAGCAACUGCCACAAAGCAUCAGCAGACUGCCCGAUCAAGAGGAGCAAAUCAUGCUUCAAGUGUUUCAGAUUAUUCUGACCUACGCUGGACUAGGGCAGAAUGGUGAGACAAUUCGGCGCGUGGAGGACGAGCACGUGACGCUCCUGCAGACGAUCCUCGAGCGCUGCAUGCGCAAGGAGUCGCUCCUUUGCGAGCUCUACCUCCAGCUCAUAAAGCAAACCACCGACCAUCCCGACCCCAACUCCCGCGUCAACCUCCGCCACUGGGCUUUGCUCUCUCUCGCAUGUUCGGUGGUUUUGCCCCCCAAUAAAGCGAUCCGUCGCUACUUGAUAGCCCACUUGAAGCGCUGCAGCUCCGAUUACGUGACCGAAGAAGGCAAAUACGCCCGAUUUGCGGAAAAAUGCCUGCUCAAGACCCAGGGAACGCGCCGCCGCCAAUGGCCGCCCUCCCGUGAGGAGAUCCUCUGCACGAUCAAUCGGCGGCCGGUCUAUGCCCGGUUCCAUUUCAUGGACGGACAGUACCAUUCCGUGGAGUUCCACCCCUCGGCAACGGCCAAGGAUGUGUUGGAGAUUGUGAGGGAUAAGAUUGGGUUGGGGUCGGAUGCGAAAGGAUAUGCGAUUUAUGAAGUUUUGGGGAAUUCGGAACGGAGUUUGUCGGCUGAGGAGAAAGUUGCCGAUGUUAUGGCCAAGUGGGAGAGGUACAGAGCCGCCACUGCGGCCAAUACUGCCAAUAGUACAGGCACUGCCAAGAGGGCAAGGCCCCAACAUCACUUUUUCCUAUUUAAGAAGCAUAUUUUUAUGGACAACUUUAUCAACUUGAACGAUCCGGUUGAGAAGGAAUUGCUGUAUCAUCAGGUCUUGCAUGAUUUGAGGACCGACAGGUUCCCGGUUACUGACAAAGAAGCGAUGAUGCUAACUGCCCUCCAAGCUCAACUGGAACUGGGCGACGUGAACGACCAAAUCCACGACUACCGGCCUAUCGCCUGUCACUGUCUACCAGCCCGCCUUGUGCCGAUCUUACCACAAGAGGGCGUAGCAAUGCACCACCAAUCUCUGCGGGGAAUGACCCCAUCGGAGGCGAAGCAAGCCUUCCUAAACCUAAUUCAAAGCUGGCCUUUGCACAAAGCUACAAUUUUCGACGUUAUGCAAUCGUUCACUUCGAACUGGCCUCGAGUGUUGUGGCUCGCCGUGGACCAGAAAGGCCUCCACCUCCUCGAGCACCGUUCAAGAAACACACUUUGUACCUACGAUUAUGGGAGUAUUUUGAGCUACGCACCGGCGCUUAACUACCUAAUGAUCAUAACCGGAAGUGAUAAGAAACAGAGUAAAGUUAUUUUGACCACUGCCCAAGCGUUCCAAAUCGCGACUUUGAUACGGGAGUACAUGGAGGUGCUGCAUGGAGAUGCGGUGGAAAUCCGGAGGGCACAAACGCCGAAAAGUCGGCCAGUUAGUGCUUUGCACCAGAACGCACCCUUGGUGCCCCCCCAGCCCAGCUAGAAGAGGGUUACUUUCGCGGAUCAGGUGAUGGCGGCACAUUACUGAGACCGUCUUACAAGUAUUGCUUCGAAAAUACGUAAAUCCACCAAACAGCUUUUUCAGGUAAUACUUGUCCUGACCCGCGAAAUGUGGUUUUAGUUAAUUAAGACCGUGAAGUAUUAUUUCUGUAGUAAGCCCACCUGGGAUUGAGUGACUUUUGAACCGUGACCAUACUGUAUAAAUUAUGCCAUUUUGUUAGUUCGAAUUACAUAUACCGGAAAUAUGGGAAAAAGACUGAAGUUAUAGAAAGUUAACGGUCAUACUGUUUAUGGUUCUAUCAACACUAGCCGAUAAGUUACGCAACUAGUCAAAGUGUAUAUAAGCCAAGUUUACUUUGUACAGCUGUUACAAACGCAAUUGUUGUUUUAUAAUGAUAUGUUUAGCUUGGUCAUGAUUUUUUUAAUAUUGUGAUAUUUUUAAUUUAAAUUACAACUUUUUUUACUCAUCAAGUGCGUUAAAAAGUGUCUAACCGCUAAUUUUAGAGAAGUUUAAUAAAUUUUAUUCGGCAUUUAAUUAUAUUGAUAUUUUAAACAAUUGAAGUUGUCGAUGAUAAGGGACACUUUUUGGCCCAUUUAUAUAAAUGUCAUCUGAUUUAUAUAAAUGUACCUCAUUAAAUAUAUUGCAUAUAUUUAAAGCC